GGUGUGUUCCCUCCGCUGGCCUCGUCGGUGUUGCAACCAUCUGGCCCUGGGCCUUGCCAAUGGCGACGUCCAGAUUUGGGAUACCUCAGCUGGGGUGCAGCUGCAAGUCCUUCGUGGCCAUCGCAGGAGGUGCUGUGCAGUAAGCUGGGCCAGCCACGUGGAUCUCUUCAGCGGCUCGCAGGAUACGUCCAUCUUGCACUGGGACCUGCGUGAGCCCUGUGACGGUCGACCCGCUCAACGCCUGGCCGGACAUGCUGAAGAGGUCUGUGGCCUCAGUUGGUCUGAGGAAUUGCAGCUCUUGGCCUCCGGUGGCAACGAGGGCGACGCACGCUGAGCGCCCGUGCUUCGAAAGCUGUGAGCAAACGAGCCGAACAUUGCGUUCCACGACGGAACUAGGCCGUGGCAGCAUUUUGGAGAUGGAUUACCCGUAACCACGACAAAAACAACUGUGGAUCCCAGCUCAGCGCCAAGCGAUCCUUGAGCUUCUCCGGAACCCACCUCUUCCCACUGGCCAAGCGUAGCCACCAGCCGUCCGCACCUGGGAGACCACAGGAGGGUGGCCCCC